AUGAUCAUGAUUUACAUAAUGACUUCGGUAGAACCGACAUGGUUUUUCCGCUACAGCUCCUGGAAUUUCUUGCGGUCAAUGGCCUUUGGGGUGCAUCUACAAACCGGUCAAUGCGGUAACCAAAUUGGUGCUGCUUUCUGGCAGACUAUUUCUGGCGAGCAUGGACUCGAUGGCUCUGGCCAAUACAAUGGAACAUCUGACCUCCAGCUGGAGCGUAUGAACGUCUACUUCAAUGAGGCAUCAAACAACAAAUAUGUCCCUCGUGCUGUCCUCGUCGAUCUUGAGCCUGGUACCAUGGACGCCGUCCGCGCUGGUCCUUUCGGCCAACUUUUCCGACCCGAUAAUUUCGUCUUUGGUCAAUCUGGUGCUGGUAACAACUGGGCCAAGGGUCAUUACACCGAGGGUGCGGAAUUGGUGGACCAGGUCCUUGAUGUUGUGCGUCGUGAGGCUGAAGGAUGCGAUUGCCUCCAGGGGUUCCAGAUCACGCACUCUCUCGGUGGUGGAACUGGUGCUGGUAUGGGUACGCUUUUGAUCUCGAAAAUUCGCGAGGAGUUCCCAGACCGUAUGAUGGCUACAUUCUCCGUGGUCCCUUCACCAAAGGUAUCCGACACCGUCGUGGAGCCAUAUAACGCUACUCUAUCCGUGCAUCAGUUGGUCGAGAACUCGGAUGAAACCUUCUGUAUCGAUAACGAGGCGCUCUACGACAUUUGCAUGCGUACCCUCAAGCUCUCCAACCCAUCUUAUGGAGAUCUUAACCAUCUUGUCUCCGCAGUCAUGUCAGGUGUCACCACCUGUCUCCGUUUCCCCGGUCAACUCAACUCGGACCUCCGCAAAUUGGCCGUCAACAUGGUGCCAUUCCCGCGUCUACAUUUCUUCAUGGUUGGCUUCGCACCUCUCACUAGCCGUGGUUCUUCCUCAUUCCGCGCGGUCACUGUACCUGAAUUGACUCAACAAAUGUACGACCCCAAGAACAUGAUGGCCGCGUCUGACUUUAGAAACGGCCGCUACCUGACCUGCGCUGCGAUCUUCCGUGGUAAGGUCUCCAUGAAGGAAGUGGAGGACCAGAUGCGCAACGUUCAGAACAAGAACGCCUCAUACUUCGUCGAGUGGAUCCCCAAUAAUGUUCAGACCGCUCUCUGCUCCAUUCCUCCGCGCGGCUUGAAGAUGUCUUCGACCUUCAUCGGCAAUUCGACCUCCAUUCAGGAGCUGUUCAAGCGUGUUGGUGACCAAUUCACUGCUAUGUUCCGUCGUAAGGCUUUCUUGCAUUGGUAUACUGGUGAGGGAAUGGACGAGAUGGAGUUCACUGAGGCUGAGAGCAACAUGAACGACUUGGUAUCCGAAUACCAGCAAUACCAGGAGGCUUCCGUCUCGGAGGGCGAGGAAGAGUACGAGGAGGAGGCUCCUGCCGAAGGCGAGGAAUAG